GUUCUCUAGUGCCAUAUGUAUUGUGAGCAGCAAGUGAGUUUGUGCAAACUCUGCGGCAAUUUUGUAAAAUAAAAACGCGCAGAGGAAAAACAACAUGGGACGAACAAUUUAUGCCGAGGAGCAUCUUCGCACGUAUUUGACGUCCCUAGCGAAGCCAGAUGGAUACGCGAUAGGAUUGAUCCUGGGACAGAGUUCUGGACAGAAAGACUACAUAGUGCAUUUAGCUAAGACACCACCUCCCCUUGCUAGAAAUGUUGUAGAAGAGACACUAAUUAGUACUUCUACCGCACCAGCAGAACUGGAUACUACAAACACAUACAUUAAAUCUGUUAAGGAUAUUCCUCUCAGUUGGGUGGCUGAUCAUGCGAAACAUGUUACAAAAAUGCUACCUGGUGGAAUGUGGGUGCUCGGUAUAUUUAUUGUUGGUCCUGAAGACACUUUAGGUGAUACCAAUAAUGUACAGAAACUAAAAUUAGUUCUUAGUGCCAUUCACAAAACUCUCUCGUCAAAUAACAAGUACCUCUGUGGAAAUAACGAAGAUGAAAAGCUUAUAGUAAGCUUUAACAGUAUCACACAAAAACAUAUUUGCAAGUCCAUAGACAUUACUAAAGAUAAUAUAUUAAGACCAGCCGAUUGGAGAUUCCAAGAAAAAGCGACUAAGUGGCAUCAGCUUGAAGCUCUGGUAGACUUUGAUAGAUUGUAUCUCAUUGCCGCAAACAAGGAUCCUGAAACUCUCAAGAAGCAACUGCAGAACAUCUUGGCAAGUGUGGCAGAUAUGAUCGACUCUUCUCUCGUUGUUAUCGAGGGAGAAGUCAGAUCUUCGGAUGACGCAUUGGAAGAAAUUAGCAAGAAAAAGAAAGAGAGCAAGGAGUGUAAAAGUAAGAAAAAUGAUAGCAAUAACUCACUCCAAGUCAGUCUGUACACUUCUUGUUCACAGAAAAACACCAAAUUGGAUACAAUGGCAAUGUCAUGUAGCGCAUCGAUACGAUUAAUCGGGCAAUUAGUCAGCAGAACGUUUGUGCAUCAGAAAGCCAGUAUUGCAGAAGCCAAUUUGGCUGUGAGACAAGAUAUAGUGAGAUCUCUUGCAAGCAGAUUGGAAAUGCAUUGGGAUAGUUUAAUAGAGGAAGAGAACGGUUCUCCCGAAGAGAACGUCACGUUACAUGAACCACCUAGAAGAGUAUUGAUAGCGUUACCGGAAAACAAAGUCACGUUAUCAGAUUAUCUAUUUCCCGGAGAGGGACCGCAAGAAGCGUUGUUAUCGUUGCAGGAACUUCUAGAUCUCCAACUGCAAGAGAGUCAGGUUCAGAAAGAUGUCGAGCUACAGGCUGAUGCCACAGAAUUUUACUGUCAAAGCGAUGUCAAUACUAAACCGUCGGACAAUACUACUGACACAACCAGAAAUCAACAAAUUACGAUUUAUCUUACCGGUUUGAGUGUUGCACUUGUUGCAUUGAUUGUAGCUGUCCUUGUGCACCAACUUGCGAUUUAAUAUGUACUUAUUUAUUAAAUAUGUGUACUAUAAAUAAUUUACUUGCGUGUAAUCUUUAUAUAUAGUGUAUAAUUUUUCGUAUUUUAUUAAUAAUGCACAUAAGAUUAUAUUACUUUGUAUAUCAUGCACUAUUAUACAAAUGGUUCCGAUUUUAAAAUACAAAAAAGUCCAUAUUUUUGAAACUCACUGUCAGACCAUUUUUGCUAGCAAAUAAAUACAAGACGCUAAUGGCGCUAAACAAAUCCUAGGCGAACUGACCUGAAUAUCUGUUGUGCGAAUACAUAUAAAAUACUAUAAAAAUUAAAUUAUUCAACUAUAUUUUUCGAAAAAAAAAACUAAUACGCAAUUCAUAUUAUUUUUAAUACAAGAAUGCAUUUUAAUAUAAAACAUAAGAGAUAUUUUUAUAUUUGUUAGACCAUCGAACUUUUCGAUUCAACAUAUUCACCUCGCGUGAUUUUCACUUGCAAAAUGAUAAAUUGAUUUGCUCGAAGCGAAUGUGUUGAGAAAAUUUUUAUUUUUUCUGUUUAUAUAAACUUAAUAAUAUGUGAAGUUUACGAAAACCAAUUGUUCAUGUUUGUUAACUUUUUGAGGAAAUAUAAAUAUUACACAGUAUAUAUUUUCAACUUGCA